GGGACGGGGCUCUGGGGCCGCGCGUGGGUCCGGGAUGUCCCMUCUGGAGCCAGCCCGGCCACGCACUCCCGCAGCCAGCACCGGCCGUGACCCGAGCCGGCACCCCGCGGUCCAGGGAUCACUUUCCCCGUCACCCYUCGGUCCAGGGGUCAUCACUUCUCCCGGCCCCCACUGCCCACGGGGGUCGCAGCCAGCACASGCCACCGUGGGACCGGCAAAGGGCUCAUGCGACCGGGUGGGCUCUGCAGUGCCUGUCCMGGCAUGGCCUGAGCCCCGUUCCCAUGUCCUCCCCGGUGGAGGGACAGGUUGGUGACACUGGCGGCUGCUGUGCUGCAGGGAUGGACCGUCCCCACAAUCUGCCCCCUUUCCCCCAGAUGCCGGACUCGUCCCUCAUGUCGGGCAAGCUGAAGCGCAGUAGGCGGGGGGUGCUGGGGGAGAAGCAGUGGCGGAGCCUGGAGGAGCGGGGAAGCGCCCAGCCGGGGCAGCCCAAGCUCAGCAGAUCCAGGACCUAUGAGCCCUCCUGCAAGGAGGCAGAGCAGGCGGCCGUGGGCAGCCAGGGACCCCCAUCCCCCUCGCAGAGCAAGCAGGACAGCAGCUACCGCCGGGCCUUCGGGGAGCUCGCCGAGCAGGACGCGCUGCUGGGCUGCUUCUCCUGCGCCUGGCAGAGAGAGAUGCCCUACCACGGCCGCCUCUACGUAUCCUCCCGCCACAUCUGCUUCCACUCCAACCUCCUGCUCAAGGACAUCAAGGCUGUGGUUCCCGUCGCCUCCAUCUCAGCUCUCAAAAAGACCAACACGGCGCUGCUGGUGCCCAACGCAGUCAGCAUCCGCACAGCCAAGGGYGAGAAGUUCCUCUUCGUGUCGCUGCGUCAGCGAGAGGCCACCUACCAGCUCCUGAGGUCGGUGUGCAAACACCUGCAGGUACGCGGGGCUGSAUGGGGAGGGGAGCUCCAUCCAGCCAUUGCAGGGUGCCUCCCUUCAUCUCUCCUUGUCCAGGACAGCGGCCAGAGCCCUCGAGACUCUGUSAGCAAUGAGAAAGCCUUAAAGAAGUCUCUGACCUUGAGCCAGUCAGACCUGGAGCAGAGCACUCUGGAGCCCAACAGCCUCCAGGAAUCCCUGGAUGAGCCAAGCCCGAAAUCAAGGGAAGCRGAGGAGAAGGUGGCCCUGCUGGCUUCCAGCAGCAGUGAGCAGCUGCCCUCGACAGGAACACGCAGCCUCUGGGGGGGAUCCCACACUGUGCUCUGGGCCUGGAUCACUUCAUUUUGGUCCCAGAUAAACCCCCAGCUGAGCCCUCUCAACAUCAUCAUCAUCAUCUACCUGCURCUCAUGGUGGCCUUGCUGCUGUCCUCGGGGUACAUCGGGCUGCGCAUAGUGGAGCUGGAGCAGCAGCUGGCGUUCGCAGGGGCCUGGCCAGACCUCAACGUGUCACAGCAGGACAAGAGGACGUGAGGCUGGUGAGGACACGGCUGUCACCAGAACCCCAUCUGGGGCCAGGGGGCUCAGGGGCUGCCAUCAGCCCUUUCCUGGCUGCUCAGGGGGCUCCGUUGCCAAGUGCCUUCCAGCCCCCACAAUGCCUGGGGAAGCCCACGCAGGCUGUGAGGCUCCACCCCACUCCCCUCGUGCCUGCCCACCCUGAGCAGCAGCAGCAGAGACCCAGGGAGCUGCCAGGGGGCCAAAGAGCAGGGGCUGGGGGCAGCACUAACCCCCAGCCAGCCCUCCUGCCAAGGGGGGGCAGGCAGAGGGGGCCAAACCCCAGGCAAAGCGGGGGUACAGAGA